AAAAAAUUUCAAGAUGGUGCUUGAAAGUACUAUGGUCUGUGUGGACAACAGUGAAUAUAUGCGCAAUGGAGACUUCUUACCUACCAGACUUCAGGCCCAGCAAGAUGCUGUUAACAUUAUCUGUCAUUCGAAAACUCGAAGUAACCCAGAAAACAACGUGGGACUCAUCACUAUGGCCAAUAACUGUGAGGUCCUGACCACACUGACCCCUGACACGGGCAGGAUUCUGUCAAAGCUUCAUGCUGUUCAGCCCAGAGGAGUCAUCAGCUUCUGUACAGGCAUCAGAGUGGCACAUCUGGCUUUGAAACACAGACAGGGAAAGAACCAUAAGAUGAGGAUCAUUGCCUUUGUGGGAAGCCCUGUGGAGGACCAGGAGAAAGAUUUGGUGAAGAUGGCAAAACGUUUGAAGAAGGAAAAAGUCAGCGUUGACAUCAUUAACUUUGGAGAAGAGGAGGUCAACACAGAGAAACUGACUGUGUUUGUGAACACCCUGAAUGGAAAGGAGGGUGUGGGUUCUCACCUGGUCACGGUUCCUCCUGGCCCAAGCCUGGCAGAUGCACUCUUAUCAUCUCCUAUCAUGGCUGGAGAGGGUGGCACUAUUAUGGGCCUUGGUGCCAGUGAUUUUGAGUUUGGAGUGGACCCAAGCGCAGACCCUGAGCUUGCUCUGGCUUUGCGUGUGUCGAUGGAGGAGCAGAGACAAAGGCAGGAGGAAGAGGCUCGGAGGGCAGCAGUGGCUUCAGCUGCAGAUGCUGGAGUCUCAUCUCCUACUGCAGAUGAGUCUGAAAAUGCCCUGUUGAAGAUGUCGACAGCUCCAGCUCUGCCUGAUUUCAGCCGCAUGACAGAGGAUGAACAGAUCGCAUACGCCCUUCAGAUGUCCAUGCAAGGAGGAGAAUUUGGUGGUUCAGAGGCCAUGGAUGUGGAUACAGCAGCUGCAGCAGCAGAGAGUGAAGCUCCUAAGGAGGAUGAGGAGGAUUACGAUGUGAUGCAGGAUCCAGAGUUUUUGCAGAGUGUGCUUGAGAACCUACCAGGUGUCGACCCCAAUAACGAAGCCAUUCGUAAUGCCAUGGGCUCACUGGCGUCUCAGAACAGAACUAAACCACCUGAGGGCAAGAAAGAGGAUGAGAAGAAAUAGAGGAAGAUGUUAGAGAGAGGAACAACAGAACAGACUAAUAACAAAUACUUCUGAAAGAAAACAAAUAUCCAUAAACACUUACCUGUAACGAUGAAUAAGCAUUUUCAUUUGUCUGUCUUAAGUUUCAUCAAGUAGCAUCUGAUCUGUAACAUAUUUGAUGGAGCAGAAAAUAACCACGUGACGCUACUUAAAAUAGUAGUGCUCUCUUCAGUGUUUCUUUGUUAGAUGGGUUAUUUUAAGCGACCCAGCUAUAAUAUCUCUUUAAUUUCUCUUGUGUUUUUGGUUAACAUCUUGUAAAAGUUUCUUUGUUCAUUUUGUAUCACUGUUUUCAGUUCCUUUUGUAAUAAAGGGCUUUGCUAUGGUUGAGGGUA